UUUAAUUGCAUCAUGGAAUCUAUUCAUAAAUACUGAUCAUUGAUAAAUAGUGAAUUCAAGCAUCAAAGUGUGCUGUAUACUAAAGCUAGUCCUGAUUCAGAAGACAUGUUGAUUCAUAUUAAAAGUAUGAAGCUCUCCCCAUCUCCCAAGAAGUUAUUUCAAAAGUCAAGAAAGAUUAAGAAAGAAUCAAAGAAGAUCAGCCUCUUGAGCACUGAUACAAAAUCCUUAUUCUUAUAGGAGCUCGUAGCAUAAAAAUCACAAGGAAGAAAAAGAACUCCUCAUCUCAAGUUGACAGCACACAUAGCUCUCAAAAUUACCCGUAUUCAAGCAGCAUAAAUUUGGUCAUAAAUAGGGAGGUGGAUAAAACUGGCUUCUGAAUUCCAAGGACGCCUCAUCCUGCGAUUGCAAGGACAAAAUAUUUCAAUCAGAGGAAAAAGACUUAUAGUAGCAUGUCCAGAUUCCGGAACAGCAGUAAUAAACUUGUUUCCAAGAAUAAAUCGAUGAUUGAGAUGGGGCAAAGUGAGAGGACAAAUCUCGAUUCCAGACUGAAAGAUUCUCUUGAUAAUACAGGAAAACUCAUGAAGAAGUAUGCUUCAUCAUAUUCAAAACCAUUUCCAAUGAGGUUUGCCAGAAACAAAAUCAAGCCAUCUUUGUUCCAAAUGCGAGAUAAAUCCCCUUCUGUGAUAAACGCAGUGGCCUUUAAUUAGAGAUAACAAGAACAUAUCUUCUGUAAUAGGAAGAUAUCGACAGUCAAAAUUUAGAAAACUACUCUUAUCAGGCCAGAAACCAAAAUUAUCAGAGUUUGCUCCAAGCACACCUAUUAGGAAAAAGAGAGCACCAAAUUAGACA